AUGAUUAAUUACGAAGUUUUAAUUGCUUUUAGUUAUUUAAUUCCUCCUUCUAUUAGUGUCCCAUAUAUUCUAGCAAUGGAUGCUCGCUUUUAUGAUCUACAUUCCAAUAUUUAAGCUGAACCACUUCCUUAAAAUUAUUCUAUCAUUUUAAGAAUUUCACUAUCGACUUUAAAUAUUAGUAAUAAUCCUUAUAUACUAAGAGUUACUGAAUUCAUUGAGUUUUUAUUAGUCAUUUUCUAUUCCAAUUUAAUAAGAGAUUAUAUAUCUGAAGUAUUAUUUGUAAACAUAUCAGCCAUGAUCAUGCAAAUUCUUUUGAUUGUAACAUUAUAAAAAUGAAUUAAUGUUAUGAAUACAAAAAAAAGUGUACCUUUAUUCUUCACAUAAAAUCUACUGGAUUUUUAAUUGGCUUUACUUAUUUGUCACAUUAGCUAUAUUAAUUGAUUAUGUAAGCUCCUUACACCUUAAACUAAAAAGGAAAUAUUUAUGAGUACAUUUUAUCAUUCUUCAGGAUCAUUGAUUGUACUCUACUUUUAUUUUUCACAUCUUUAUUAGAAAACAAGAUCUAAAUAAAUUUUAAGACGUAGGAUUUUGAAGAAAUGAAUUUCCUGACAUUGAUUUAUAAGAUUCUCAAAAAAAACCUAGAAUUUCUACCUUAAUCGUACCUCCUUACAAAUAUCAUUAGCAAACUCUACCUCAUUAUUUUUGUGAAUUAAUGGAAAGAAAAGAUGGAAUAUUGUAGAUGAUGAGGUUGAAAUUAAAUUAGAAAUGUAAAAAUAAUUCUUUAUUUUUUAUAGUUAAAUUUUAGCUUUAGAUAAGUAAUUUAAUUUAAAAAAAACUGUCUCUCAAAUUUUUUAAUGGCAUCAAUCUUAUAUCAUUGAAAAUGCUGAUUACUUUGAUUAAAAUCCAAAUGAAUUGCUAUCUCUUAAUUUUUUUUAAAGUAAAUACAAGAUUGUUAAGAUUUACAAUUAAUUAAAAAUAUUCAAAGAUAACUUAAUUCCAUUAUUAGUAAAUAAAAUUUAAUUACUUUUUCAUUUAUGA